GUACUUGUGAUCGUCGCCAGUGUCUCGUAACUGGUCGGUUAAUAUCACUCUUCACUUGUUGGGCGAUACGCUGUGCUUGUGAAGACCUGUCGAACCGAGAGAAAUCGUGGUUAUGGUUGUUGACAGUACUUCCUAGUUGACACCCGUGCCGGUGGCACACAGAAAAUACUGUUCGAGCGUUGGGCCUCAUGGGGGCAGUGACAGGUUACCAAACCUCUGUCGAUAUACUGCGCUUGUGUAUAACUGUCAGGCCGAGUGAGACCGUAGUCGUGGCCGUUGCCGGCGUCAGGUCCUUGGCACCCAUGCCAGUGGAACGUAAAAAAAACCCCCAUCACACUCUUGUAAUGGUUGGCAUUAGAAAGGGCGUCGAACAGUAGAAAUCUUGCCAAAUCAGAUCGGAGCCUGAAACAGCUUCCCGGUUUACCGUUUUCAGUCAAAUACUGCAAUCCAAGCCAGCAUGGAAAGCGGACAAUAAAUGAAGGUGAAUGAACGAAAUACUGUUGGUCGCACACCUCUACAUGAGGCUUGUUACUCUGGAUACACAGAAACAGUUCUUCUCUUAUUGAAUCACACUGGCAUCGGUGUCAAUAUAGUGGACAAUAAUGGUGAUACACCUCUACAUCUAGCAGUUAUUAAGCAACAUUAUGAUGUGGUGACUUUGAUGCUCUCCAAGGUUUCAGUGAAAUUGAAUAGCAAGAACCAUAAGAAAAUGACACCAUUGCUUGAAGCCGUCUCCGAGGCCCACCUCGGAAUAAUAAAGAAAUUAAUUUCACGUGGAGCAGGCAUAAAUGUUGUCGACAAUGACGGCAAUAAUUGUCUGCACCUUGCUGUGAAGAAAAAGAGUUUUCAUUCUGAGGAGGAAUAUAUUCCCAUUUUAGACGAGUGCUGCACUGAGCUCAAACGAAGCAAAGAUAAUAGGCUCUCUGGUGUGGUGGUUGCUUGCUAUCUAGCCCGCCAGGGUGCCGACUUUUACCAUAAAAAUAACAAGAAUAACACACCAUUGGACCUCAUUGAAAAUCGAGCUUUGAAAGAAAAAUUAAAAGCAUGUUUACUAUCACGGUGUAUGCUUUGUGAAGUAAAUGAGGCCACUGUGGAGUUACAACCCUGUGCACAUAAUGCGGUAUGUGGAGAGUGCUACACAAUUAAACUUAGAAGAUGCCCCAAAUGCAAAACAUGUAUAAGCCCAAGAGUUUUUGACUGUCCAAAAUUGUCCGACAAGGGUGUCCAGACGGUGGCAGAGUCAGUUAAGAAUCCAAACUUUGAAGAGAAACAAAGGGAGACGAUGGCAAAGAGAGUUGGGAGUCAAAAGCUGAAGGAGAAGGAUCUCCUGAGAGUGGCUAAGAGGUUAGGAAGCAAUUGGUGGCAAGUAGGCAUUUUUUUAGGCAUUCAAGCUACUGAACUGAAAAUUGAUGAUGACUCGAAUGACACUGCAAGACGGGGUUUCCUGAUGUUAUAUGAAUGGUUUAAAGGUUGUGAUCCAGGUACACGAAAUCUCGAAACACUAAGGGCAGCUCUUGAAGAAGCCGAGUGUUCCACUGCACUGCAAUAUUUAUCAUAAAUGCAAAGUGAAUUUCUGUGUAAAUGUUGUUGUUGCUGUUGUUUAAUCCCGGGUUAAUCUUGACCAAAGAGGGACUUAUGAUCAAAUCCAUUCCAGCCAGGACCAUCCUGUUUUUUUUCUUAAAUGUAGACGACUCAGAACUAUAUUGUCCUAUAUGUCCAUCUUUAAAGAGAUAAGGUGUGAAGUACAGUGGAUUUGGCUACUAACCCUAGCAGAUCUAUCAAUCAUAUAGAGUCUCCUUCACAUGUUUGGCUCCUUUAUUACAAAUUAACAUUUAAAAUAAAGACAAACUUUGAAAUGUUAA